AUGUCGCAUCGUCAAUAUAAGGAAGAGCCAGGUGUUAAUGUUGUGAAUAACGAACACAAGUCGCAAGGUGCACUUCUUUGGAUAAGAUUACAAGGACAAGCCUCCUUGCACACAACAAGCAAGCAAGGGAGUAUGGCUUCCAUAAUUUUCCAGAACAUAAAAUUGAGCUGGACUCGAGCAAUCGUGGAUUCGUAG